GAGCGGAGCCGGGCAAUGACUUCAGCAGACAUUACUGAGGAUGCGCAGAGCGCCCGCGCAUGCUCAGUGAGAGCCGGGUGCUGCGCGUGGGGCGGGAGGAUGGGGCCGGUGCGCGUGCUGGAGCUGUACAGCGGCAUCGGGGGGAUGCACCAGGCGCUGACAGAAAGCUGUAUAUCCGCAGAAGUUGUUGCUGCUGUUGAUGUGAACACUGUUGCUAAUGAAGUGUACAAACACAACUUUCCCAGCACGCCAUUGUGGGCAAAGACAAUUGAGGGCAUAACACUGGCGGAGUUAACCAGAUUAUCUUUUGAUAUGAUUUUGAUGAGUCCUCCAUGUCCGCCAUUUACAAGAAUUGGCCUGCAAGGUGAUGUAUCUGAUCCAAGGACAAACAGUUUUCUUUACAUCCUUGAUAUUCUCCCAAGGCUCCAGAGGCUGCCAAAAUAUAUACUUUUAGAAAAUGUGAAAGGAUUUGAAACGUCUUCUGCCAGAGACAAACUUGUAGAAACACUAAAGAAGUGUGGAUUUAAAUACCAAGAAUUUCUCUUGUCUCCAACAUACCUUGGCAUUCCCAAUUCUAGACUGCGAUAUUUUCUGAUUGCAAAGCUUCAGUCAGAGUUACUUUCCUUUCAAGCUCCUGGUCAGAUAUUGGAAAAUUUCCCAGAUCAGGAGCCAAAAGCUUUAGUGAAGCACAGAGUCGCUGCAGGCUUGGAAAAAGAGAGCUCCUUCACAUCACCCGAAGAGGAGCACAUUGAGCCAAACUCUGGUUCUGAUGGUGGCAGCGGACAGUGUUCGCAGAAGGAAGCAUUCAUUUUUAAACUUGAAACAGCAAAAGAAAUGGAAAGAAAGCGGAACCAGGACAGUGACUCUAUUCAAAUGCUAAAAGACUUCCUUGAAGAGGAUGGAGAAGAAAUGAGUCAGUACUUCUUGCCACCAAAGGCCUUACUGCGCUAUGCUUUCCUGUUAGACAUUGUAACACCCAGCUGCAGGAGAUCCACUUGCUUCACAAAAGGGUAUGGUCACUAUGUAGAAGGAACAGGCUCAGUGCUGAAGACAGCAGAGGAUGUGCAGCUAGAAUCAGUGUUUAAAUCCAUUGAGAUACUAUCAGAAGAAGAGAAGCUUAUGAAAUUGUCAACACUAAAACUAAGAUAUUUUACUCCUAGAGAAAUAGAAAAUCUCCAUGGAUUUCCUCCAGAAUUUGGCUUUCCUGACAAGAUAACAAUGAAGCAACGCUACCGUCUCCUGGGAAAUAGUCUCAAUGUACAUGUAGUGGCUAAACUGAUCUCACUUCUGACUGGAUGAUUUUGAAUCCAAACUUGAUGAGUACUCUCUGGUAUAGGUCCUGCUAACUUAGAAUAUACUUUCCUUCUUUGAGAAACUUAGUAAAAAACUGUAGUAGUUUCACAAAAAUCAUCACUAACAUUUAAAUGUCCAUGCAAAGUAUCUAUCUGGAAUAGAUUUAUUCUGCUGAACAACUAGUAUAUCUUGAAUACCUUUUGUUUAUGGAGGAUCUGAACUGUUGGAGCAAACACUUACGCUAUUAAAAUGAAAGUUGCCAAUACUUGUACUAUUUAAAUUUUAUUUCUAGCUUGUUAAAUACGAACUGCAGCAUUUGCCAAUGAAAACAGGUAAAACUGUCACUUCAUCUUAAAACAAGUUUGUCUAGAAGCUGUCGUUUAGAAUAAAAAAAUAUGUGACGGGCAGUUAUUUUAAUAAAGUUCAGAUAAUGCGUUCUACGUGUUGAAUAUCUUUAGCUGUAAAUAUUAGCUUGUUCUAUUCUUAAAAGAAAAAGCUAUUGUGAAUAUCUUCUGACAAUUUAUUAUAAUUUUGUUUUUACAACAAAUGUAACUUUUGUAAAACUAAGUUCAGUAUUUUUAUAUAUAAUAGUUUUUAAAGAAACAUGAUGCCAAAUCUAACAUAAGUAUCCAUCUAAUCUUUCUAGGUACUUAUGACUCCAGCUCACAAUCAUGGCUGAGCCUGGUGUGACUUGUUUAAUGGUAACCUAAGAAAAAUUACAAUCCUGACACUGCCCUCACUGAUCAUGUGCUACCUUUUCUCCCUGCUGUCUCUACCAUACCUUGGCCUGAGCCCCCUGCAACAUAUCCUCAGUCCAGAAACAGCUUGGAAAACUCCAUGGCGGCGUGGCCCAUGCAGUCACGCUCCAUAAGUGGUUGGGCAGGGCAGUUUAGCCGCAUGCAGUCCUCCGUCUUGACCUCCUCCCCUGCGGAUGCAUCCACCCCCAGCAGCAACUGCAUGGAAAAAGGGUAAAGAAGGGAAAGUGAGUGGGGGGCAGGGGACAUGCCGUUGCAGGUAGGGAGUUUCUGUCGUUAGCUUGAUUUCAUUGUUUGCACUUUUUCAGGCACUUUUGGUUUUGGAAAGGUUCUGUCGUGACUGGUGCUUUGGUGUGGUAAUGGCAGCAGGCCUGCCUGGCAAUGAGUGAAUGUUGUAUUGUUUUAAUACAAGCUAUAAAUAAAGCUUUUUAUGUCAUCA